CGAGCGGCCUGUGCUGUUGGAGUGCGGUUGUCGAGGUUGAGGCGGGCUGGGCGCUGACAGGAGAGGCGAGCGGCCGGGAAGGAAGGCAGGAAAGCGCCGGCUGAUGGUGCGGAGAAGUCGGGGGGGAGGCCGAGAGAUUUAAAAAAAAAAAAAGCGCUCCCGUGAAGCUUUGUGAGGGCAGCUUUUUAAAAAUAAAUAACCCGUAGCCAACCUCCGGAGCACCGGUUAGCCGCCUGGAUGCGAUGAGGACGAUGUCAGCUCCGUUCUGCGCUGAUGCCCGGCUUGGAGGGAGACCGCUCUGGGCCCAGCGCCGACCCCUGGGUGACCGGACCUGAGUCCUACAGACCUGGGCUCCAGCAUCUGCCGACCGCUCUUCGACCGACGCGCCACUCGCCCACCUCCUCCUUUCGGUCGCCCAAGUUCCCGGACCGUGACCAGCUCUGAGGAGGAAAAGAAAACAGACUGUGCGAGAUCGACCGUCCGCCCAUGGCUUUCAUAAUGAAGAAGAAGAAAUUCAAGUUCCAGACCAGCUUCAGCCUGGAGGAGUUGGCCGCCGUCCCCUUCGUCAACGGUGUGCUCUUCUGUAAGAUCCGCCUCUUGGAUGGAGGGGAUUUCACCCAGCUUUCAUCCAGGGUAGAAGUUCAGCAGAAUUGUGUUCGUUGGAAGAAAAAAUUUAGUUUCAUCUGCAAGAUGAGUGCAAAUCCAGCAACUGGUGUACUGGACCCUUGUAUUUGCAGAGUAUCUGUACGUAAGGAACUCAAAGGUGGAAAGACAUUCUCUAAGCUUGGGUUUGCUGAUCUCAAUCUAGCGGAGUUUGCAGGUUCAGGCUCCACUGCACGCUGCUGUUUACUAGAGGGUUAUGACACGAAGAAUACUCGGCAGGACAACUCCAUCCUUAAGGUCACCAUAGGUAUGCAACUAUUGUCAGGAGAUCCAUGCUUCAAAACGCCCGCAUGUACUGCCAAGUCCAUCUCGAUUCCAGGCCAAGAUAGCUCCUUGCAGCUGGACUGUAAAGGAGAUGGGACCACAGGCAAUAAUGUUGCCUCUGGGGGCUUGAAUUCAGUCAGGCAGCCAAAACCUCGGCCUCCACUCAACUCAGGCUUGACUGAAGAUGCUGAUCAGACCCCACCCAGCCCAGACGAAGUAUUUCAAACUGGUCAUUCCCGGAAUUCCAGUUAUGCCAGUCAACAUUCUAAAGUGUCAGGUUACAGCACAGAGCACUCCCGGUCCUCCAGUCUCUCAGACCUAACUCACAGGAGGAACACAUCCAGUAGCAGCAGUGCCUCUGGAGGGCUCAGCAUACCAGUUGAGAGCACAGAAGGAGAAAAGGAACACAAAGUGGAGAAACCACCACGGCCCCCAAGGCCAGCACUCCCACCUGACAGGCCAUCCAGGUACACAGCUGUUCUCUUUAAAAGAGGUAGUUCCCUAUCUCUGGAUAGUGCACAUCCUGAUAGCAGGACCCAUAGAAGGCGGAAAAAGGAAACAGUGGAAAAUCAGCCCACUUGGGUUGAUGACACUAGAAUUGAUGCAGAUGACAUUGUUGAAAAAAUCGUACAGAGUCAAGACUUCACAGAUGUCAGUAAUCUUGAAGACAGUAAUCUAAGGUUGUUUGUGAGUAGAGAUGGAACCACAGCACUCAGUGGCAUUCAGCUGGGAAACAGGGUGUCAGCAGGUAUCUUUGAGCCUGUUGUUAUCGAGAGCCGUUGAGAAGCUUGAGAGUCAUUCUGAAUCUACUAACCACUUUCCAUUCAAGCUCCUUGUCUACUGCACAUAUAAUCUUCUCACCAGAUCAUGCCGCCCACCUACACAGCUGGACUGGAGGAAGAGGGUGGCUGUUUCCAUCCAAUAGCCCCAAGUUUUGGCAGAUGUUGAUUCUCACUGCAUUGGAGUGAUAGGCAAUUGGUUUUAUGUUGCAAAAUUUACUGAACCAAUGCUGGGAUUGAAUUUUAGGUAAAACACACUUUUGACUUUGAAAAUUUAUUUCAGAAAUCCUUUUAAACACAAUAUUUAGAUAUCAAUGCCAUCUGGUUGUGAUCAGUUGAAAAGGGGACAGAUUUUUUAUGAGAUGCUGUGGCAUUAUUUCAUGUCAGACCAGAGCGUGUAUAAAAGAUCUCUCUCCUGCAAAAAUCUGCAGACCAAGGUUGUGAAUUAAGCAUGUUAGCCCAUGAAACAUUCUGUGAUAUUAAGAAAAAAAAUGCUCUUAAAUGUCUUUAAAGAUCUUAAUUGUGUUUACCGCAAACUUCAGUGCGUGGCAGGACUGCUAGUGAACAAACUAGAUUGUGAUUUUGAUCACAAGAAAAGCACACAAGUUUUCCUAUAAUUUUAAGAAUUCCAAUACCAUCAUUUUUCAUAUCAGAACCAGGCAUCUGGGAAAAAUUGAGCUAUGUUUCAUGAUAAGCAUAGCAAUCCAAUCCCAAAUAAAACUCUGAUCAUUCCAAUUCCAAAUCAAUGAGUCAACCAUGACGCCAUUAAGGCAUGCUUACAAUACUGUGAAGUCUUUGCACUGAGUAUUUGAGUACCCUUUGGGUGUUGGAUUUCUCCUGAAAUCAAGUUAUAGGAUGUUACUUUGUUUUGUUCAGUCAAGAUUUUAUUCACGUCUCCUGAUGCUUUUUAUGCUCGGCAGCGACUCAGCAACUUUGUGCAGCUAAUAUUUCUUUUAAUAAUGUAUGUUAAAGGAGUACAUUUCUUUUUAGACAGGGAGCAAGUUCAUUUAUCUUAAUUUUUAUUUUAAAUCUAUGGUGCAGGGGAAUAAACAUGAAUCGUGUGUUUUAGCCUGUACAUAAUGAACACUUGAAGGACAAUAGCUGGUUUGAAAUGUUCAAGGAAAAAAAUUACACGUAAGUGGCAUCUAGUGUAAUUACAAUAACUUUAUCAGAAAGAGUUAUGGAUAUAUUCUGCAGAGAUGAGAAGUGGAUCAUUGAACUAGGCACCUAUCCCUGAUAUUGGCUUUGAAUUACACCCACUGUCCAUAAAACUACAGGCGAUCCUUGCUUUGCAGAUGUUUUCUAAAACCACAUUAUAUUUUGAGCACAAGCUGCUGUUUUAAAAUGGAGAUUGUCCUCAGCCCUUUGGUAAGUGUCCUUUAUUACAGGCUUUUGCUUGCUUAAAGCAAAGGUUUCUUUCCAAAUGAAAAUUUAUUUUCCAGAAUCGAUUCUGGGCCUGUCAAAUGAAAUAAACAACCCUUUGACCCCAAGAGUUUAACCCCAAGUUUAAGUUAGAUAUCUGCUGCACAGCAUUAAUAACUGUUUUCCUUACAACAUUGCUACUGGAACACUCCAUUCUUGCCAGUGCCAAGAUCUAGUGAUGAAUAUUACAUGUUCCAGUUCUACUGUACAUUACCCAUUAUCUAUUGCUCAUCUCUGGCUAACUGUGAGUUAAGUAUUCAAAUUGUCCAGAACUUGGACUUUGCAGUUCUGAGCCAGUUUGCUGCCAUCAGCGUUGUUGCCUCUGAUGGAACAAAUUACUCCAAUCAUUUAUGCCUAGAAGCUUUUGCUCUUUUGUGAUGUCAUUUUCUGCUUCUAAAUAUCUUGGCAUUGGUUAGCUAUGCACUUUGAGGAUUUUAACAUUUUCUGCACCAUCCACGUCGUCUUGCUAUUGCAUGUCACCUUUGAAUAUUGUGGCUUGAUUGACGUACUGUGAAUGGUUAACUUGUACACGAUCUGUAUCUGUGGUAUAUUGAGGCCUAGAACACAAAGCUGCAAUGAAUAAUGUCCUGAUUUUUGUACUGUUUUAAUAACUGUUCUGUAACAACUAGUAUAAACAAAAACUUUAGCUUGUUAUCUAUGAAUGCAUAGUAAAAAAUAACAAUUUUUACCUGCUGGGGCAUAUUUAGGUAACAUAGGCAGCAGGUUCACAGUUGAUUAAAUGUACUUUCUAAGUCAGCAUAUUUGUUUAAAUAAUCUUUUUGGAACAAUAGUUUAGCCACAGCAAAGGUUCUCAUAGCCGUAAAAUAAUGCCUAUUUGGCCAGCAUGCGUAUAUAAUUAAGGUUAAAAAAAAAAUAUGGUGUCAUUUGAACAUGGUGUUUCUGCUGGUUGUGAUGAGGAAACACAGCCACCAUUUCAAGUUCCACCCCAAAAAAAUUGGCUUCUAGAUUUUCACAUUCCAGGGUGAGGUUGAGCAUGCUUACACAAAGAGUGAAGAGUAGUAGUCAUUUAUUUCCAUCUUCCCACAAAUCUGUUACUGCUGAGAUUGAGAAUUGCUGUCACAUGAGAGCAUGUUUGUACUGUGCACCUUUAAGCCAGGAAUCUUUUGGUGAUUAACCAAACUUGUUGAUCACAACACACUUGAGCUAAUGAGCUGAAUUCAAUUUUGAGGCACGAGUGAAAGAAGAAUCAACCACCUAAAGCUUGUGGAAUGGUUUUAGGAACCCCCUUUUACUAAACAAAAUUAUUAAAGAAAAUGUUCAUCAGUGGUUACUGGUGCAUUUUGUACAUCCAUUUCUGUAACUUCAGGCUUUAAUUGCUUCAUUUAGUUCAGGUUUGUGGUUUUUUUAACAGAGAAAAGGAACAAGUUUGGUAUUAGUGCCAAGGCAUGUUUAGAACCCCUGUUACUUGGAUGAUUAAAGUGCAUACUCGCAGCUAUUUACCUAUUUUGUACUUUGGUACUAUUUGUUCUUGAGCUGACCCCGAUCUCCAUUGCUCCUCCUCCCCUGGUCCAAGUCCUUCCCUCCAAUCCAUCCACCUUGCAUUUUAACAUUCUCAGUAUGCAUAAUUCAUGAUUUUAGGCUAAUUGCUGCAGCAGUGGUCUGUCUGAAACUCUUGAAGGGAGGUGUUUGUAUUAAUCCUCCUGUUUCAAAGUAACAACGUUCUUCCAUGCCACACACAAUAUAGAGCAAUAACUGCCACAGAUGUUUAAUAUUACCAUAAAAGUGUGUUUUACAAGUACACUCCAUACUAAUUAUUUUUGUGUCAGUUUUCUUUUGGGAUCUGGAUGAUGCAGGCAAGUCCAGUAAUUAUUUCCUUUUAUAGCUCUUCAGAAGCUGUUGAAGGGCAGCUGUCCUGAACAAACAAUGCAUCUUAGUGAAGCUAUUCCCACACCGCUGUUAGUGAAGGAAUCUCGGGAAUUAGACCCCUCAAUGAUAGAACAAUGACGUUUUCCCCAAUCAAGAAGGUGUGUAACUUGAAGGGGAACAUGCAAGUCAUAGUAUUGCCAUGCACUUGCUGCCCUUAUUCUUUUUGGUAGAGUUUGUAGAUUUGGGAGAUGCAGUUGGAACAGCCAAGGCAAGUAAUUGCAUUGUAUUUUGUAGAUUGUUACACCAUGCAGCCACUGUCUGCUGGUAGCAAAAUAAUAUUAAGGAUGGAGGAUAGGUUAUGAAUCAAUGGAUGGUGUUGAACUUGCAAGUUGUUGGAUCUGCCCUCCUGUAAAGGAGAGUAUUCCAUCUAUGUGCCUUGUUGAUGGUGGAAAGGCUUUGGAUUAUCAGAAAAUGGAUAAUUUGCUGCAGAAUAUCCAGCAUCUGACCAGCUCUUGUGGCCUCAGAUUUUAUGUUGCUGGGCCAGUUGCUUUUCUGGUCAUUGGUGAUUUGGAAGAUGUUGGCGGUAGAGGACUCAGUGAAUAUAAUGCCCAUGAAUGUUAAGGAGAAAUGGUUAGACUCCCUUGUCGUAGGUCACUGCAAUGUGAAACAUGAAUGUUACUCGCCACUUAUCAGUCCAUGUCUGAAUGUUAUCUAGGUCUUAACUGUGUGUGUGUUUAAUUUGCUGGUCAUGAAUGAAAAGGGACAUUUUGCAGUCAUCAGCAAACAUCGCCGCUUCCUUCUUUAUAAUGGAAAGAAGGCCAUUGAUAAAACAGCUAAAAAUUUGCGGGCCUAGAACAUGGCUCUAUGGAGUGUAGCGAUGCCCUGAACUUCACCAACCACAACCAUCUUCCUUGAUGCAGGGUAUCACUCCAUCCAUUGGAGUUCUUUUUCUUCCUUGGCGUCAUGCACUUCAGUUAUACUAGGUUCCCUUGAUGUUACAUUUGGUAACAUGUAACAAUGUUAGGGCAGUUGCUCUCACUUAUGGAAUUCAACUGUGGUGGCCAUGCUACAAUUUAAUAGCCAAGUAGUCCUGGUGAAAUGCAACCUGGCCAUUGGUGUGCAUAUUAUUGGUAAGUGAAUACCUCUUGAUAGCAUCAUCGUCAACAUCUUCCAUCACUGUGUUGUUGAUUAAGAGUAGACAGAUUGUGUGAUAAAUUGCCAGAUUGGAAUUCUCCAUAUGUUGUCAACAGGAUCUGGGAAAUGUUACCAGAUAAAUGCCUGUGUCGUGACAGUUCUGAUGGGCGUGAAGUGCAGCCAGCUUAUAAAUGUAUGUUCAAUAAAAGCUCUAGAUUUGAUACCCAAUAUUUUCUUCUGACAAAAUUAUAGUGAAAAAAAUUUAAUUGUGCAUCAAAUAAAAAAUAGUUAAAUACUUUUAAAUAGUUAACUACUGGUAGUUAUUUGUUUUCUUUAAGUUUUACUUGUUCAAGGUGGUCACCAGCAUCAACAUUUGUUCUAUUUUACAAUGCUUGUCCACAAAAUGGCCAGCAAUUUCAAACCGAUUAUUUCAGGAUUUGAUCUCUCUACCAUUGAAGUUAUUGCAUUGUGACACAUGUCUAGAUAUAAAUGUUAAACUAAGUUCUAAGUUUUUAAAAUACCUUUUGAAUGUUGGAUCAGGAUCCUACAGUACACAUUGGACAGGCAAACUGUUAUUAUACCUUAUAAAAUAGAAAAUCUUUUGUGUAACUCCUUAUGCACCAAAGUAAUCACUUGAGUAAGUAUGUGUGUUUACCUAAUAUACAACCCUUUCCCAGUGGAUUAUUUUAUUAAGACUUAAUCAGUUAAUUAACUUAAUAAACUUUUUGGGUGAUAUUGAAAUCCAAAUAUUUUCCGCAUUAAAAACACCCACAAAUCAAAGUUUCAAAUUAGCAAACUUAUAUUGUGUUUCAAUCACACGGAAUAUUGGAGAUUAAGGUGUUCUGUUAAUCAAAGUUUAAAGUAAAUUAUUUUCAAAUGAAACAUUUUUUUUCAAGCACUUUUUCUUGUUCUACUUCCUGUUUUCGGAGGUAGGAUCACAAAUUAAUGUAGGGCUCGCUGAAUGAGGUAACUUUAAUUUGUACAGUUUGAAUGCAUAAAUUCCAAACUACAUUGUCACUCACUUUACACAACAAAGUGCUGAAGGAACUCAGCAGGUCAGGCAGCAUCUGAAGAGGGAAUGGACAGACAAUGUUUCAAGUCGGUUCUCUGCUUCAGACCCGAACUGAUAUGUCAUCUGUCUGCUCCCUGGCCCACUGAGUUCCUCCAACAUUUUGUGUUUUACUCAAGAUUCCAGCAUCUGCAGUUCCUCGUGUCUCCUUGUCACUGACUGAGCUCUGCUUAUUCUGUGGCUUGACAUUGCUUAUAAAAUACCCAAUUAUAUUCAACCAAAGCAAACUAUGGAUAGCUGAUGUGAUCAAACAACAUUGUUUCAUCAAAUGUAGUUUUGAGUCUUUUGAAUAUAUAUCUUUGAACCCUCCUAGCCUUUUCAUUCCUUUUUUUUCCUGGUUUGGUUUUGUUUCUUGAUUGAGGAGCUGGUGGAUGAGGUUUUUCCCUUCCUUCAUCUUCCUCUAUGCCAUAGUAUCAUUGAAGUAUUAAGCCACCUCCAAGAUCAUUUUGUAAGUGAUCACGUAAACUAGGGAUUAAGAAGGGCAGAUCUAAAAUGCAGUCGCCACAAUGGAAAUUGCAUUUACUUACAAUACUACAUAAUAACCAUAACUUUAAAGGGAAGGCAGGACAUUUUGAUUAGAAUAAUGCAAGGCAUCGGGUUUCUUGUUAAUGAAGGGACUGUAAUGCACCAACAAAUGUGAGUUCCAAAAGACCACUAUUGACUUGAAGAAACUUUGCUUUUGUAGGGUAUGGCCUGAGUUUGCUUUAUUCAGUCCAUGAUUAAGAUACUGUAUUAGCUAUUCAUCCAUUUUAGAGCUCAGGUAUACUACUUUACCAACUUAUUUUUGCCAAUCAACGUUGAUGACUUUUUUCUUAAUUAACUGUUAAGUGAUUGCUUUUGUUUGUGAAACUGUCCAAUUUUGACCACUGUUGUAGGAACUCUUUUUUUAAAAAAAGAUGUUUCUGAGAAGUGUUUUUGCCAUGUAUCGCAGUACUUGCAACUAGCAGGCUAGUUGUGUUGUUUUCUUUUGCCAUGAUGAGUGGAUUGCCCAAAAUCACGGCACCACCCAUCUAUGUGUAUGAAAUUUAAAAAAUGUUUAAACAUUGCAUUUAAGUGUUGAUUAUGUUUCUAAUUUUCUUUUAUAAAAAGUCAGCUUUUUGUUAGUAUUACAGUGAAUUGAGAACUGUUGUGACUUCCUCUGAUUAAAAGAUUUGGAUAGUGGAGUGCCAUCUAGCCACACUGAUGAAGCCUGUCUCUGGCUAGACAGGAUAUUGAUGAAUUGUUCAGAAGCUGUUCUGGCCUAUAUUAAUUACCUUGGUAUAUUCCCAGCAGUCAGCAAAAUAUAAAAAAAAUAUUUCAAAGGUUUUAUAGACCACCUUAAGAUAUUGCAGCAACAUUUGACACAAUUGAUUAAAGUCAGUGUUGGUUGCAGUUAAUUGCACUAGUUGUACAACGCCUUCCAUGGUUGGUUUGAUGAUGAAUCAAUCGAAGCUAUUGUGCACUGUCCAGUCUUAAAUCAUUUGUUGUAUAUUCUAAUGUGGAUUGAGACGGGAUGGGUAGUUGAAAAGAAUGAGAUUUAAAUAAUAAAUCCAAAUCUAACUUAAAGCCAUAACCCCUUUUGAUUCUGAAAUGUUCCCAUACCUCCACUUGUUCUUUCCCUCUUUGAAGAUGGGCUGCAAUGAUGAAUGGAUAGCAAGGUUAUGAUGUUUCAUGUCACAUAAUAAAUAGUUGUCUAUCUAUAAUGCAUCCCAGUAUUUUCUACUUGAAUCUUUUCCAAAUGAUUAAAAGCUAAGAACAAGAAGUGACCAUACUUCAUACUAAACGCAGAACACAAAAUACUGGAGUAACUCAACAGGUCAGGCAGCAACUCUGGAGGACAUGGAUAAGUGAAGUUUUGGGUCAGGACCAUAUUUCAGUUUGGGACCCUUCUUCAGUUAGCUAAACGUUGACUAUCCAUGACCUCCAGAGAUGCUGCCUGACCCACUGAGUUACUUUAGUACUGUCUUCUGCACAAGAUUCCAGCAUCUGCAGUAUAUUGUGCUUCAUAAUAAAGAUUUAUUUUAAUUGCAAUUUGUUUCAAACUAAUUUAUGCAACUCGUGUUGCUAAUUGUGUGCUGGUGGGAGGGAGAUGUUUUGAACUGAGAUUCUACGUUUCUUUAGCAAAUAAACAAUUAAAGUAAUUGGAAGUAGAGGAAAGAAUAUUUAAUUGUUAAGGGACUUGAGUUAAAUUUCCUGUGCAUUUUUUUGUAAAUCAAAUGCAGCUAAAUCCAUUCAAGCUUCAGAGUUAACUGAGAACUCACCAGCUAAUAGCUGUAAAAUGGCUUGGUUCACAUGCGUUCCACUUUCAGAAUGAGAAGGAAGUAAAGGAAGAAUUGAAAUCUACUGUGCGCUUCAUGAAUCAUUGCUAUCUGUUUUCUGGAGGCUUCAUAGUUCUUUAAAGGCGUAGAAUAAGUUUACUGAUUACUUCACAAAUUGUGCUGUGACUGUUUUGUUUCCAAAGCUGGUUAUGCAGUGUACUGCUUUAUAUUGAUCAUCUAAACAUUAUUAGUUACUUCCCCGGUAAAUUUAACUUGUUCCUGAAUUUUCUCAAGGUUUGUUUGUGGCAUUUCUAUACUACAUGGAAAAGGGGUGGGGUCGUUUGCUAAUUCUAAAAGUAAUUACUAGCAAUCGAUCUUAAAAUUUGCCUGCUUUCAAAUGUCAUGUAUGUUUUUAACUCUUUUUAUUCAUUAAAUGCCAACCCUAAAUGGACAGCUGAAUGUGACCUUUAACUGGAUAGCACGUUAAAUAGACUGAAAUAAAUUACUUUUAUCAACCUCUUUUAAUCAGCUCUUUGUUGAGGCCAAAUAAUGUGUGGCUAACUGGCACUCCACUUGUCGUAAGCAAUUUUGUAUGUUUCUGAAGGGGAUUUGAAGCUAUGCAUUGGGAGUCCAGGCUCUUCAAUAGAUGGAUUUAACAUUUUCUGAAAUGACCUAACUGUCAACUAAAGUUGAAUAAUGACAAAAUAUUUUUAUGAUUUUGUUAAUAAAAAGUGGAAUAGAAUGUAUUCAAAAUGAUAUACAGUAUUUAGACACUUAUUUUUGUGAUUCAAUGGAGGUUGGUGUACAGGUUUCUUAAGUGCCCAGAGGAUGUGGAAUUUAUAGAAAUGUUUAUCAGCUGAAAUAUUGUAUAACAUUUAAAUAUGUUUAGAAUGCACAAUGGUUAAAGAAAAUUGUAUUAAGGUUAUUUGUUUCAUAUUUUAAAAUGUAACUAUAGGACAGUAUCAUGUAAUACUGUGUUUUCUGGGAAAUGAUAUUGGGUACCUGUAUUAACAAUAAAAGCUGUUAUUUUGUGUUUAGCAUAAA